AUGCUCAAGGCUGUAACUUGGUCAUCCACCUCGACUGCGCCGCUCGGCUUCCUGCUGACUGCGAUUAUCUUCUUCAAAGCCGGACAAUACUCUGCUCGUGUGCCCACUGAACCGUCUCCAACGCCAUCGUCACCUGCGCAGUCGACGAUUUCAACGACAACGCCCAGCAAACCAAAGCCAACUUCACUGCCAGGAAACGAUACCAUGUACGGAGGGAAGAAGAGUGUCGGAUACUUCGUGAACUGGGGAAUCUACGGCCGGAAAUACAUGCCGACCUACAUCCCCGCUAACGACCUAACUCAUAUUCUCUAUGCCUUUGCCAACAUCAACCCAUCGUCGGGCACAGUCUCGCUAUCAGAUGUUUGGGCCGACAAAGACAUCCACUACCCAGGAGACUCAUGGAACACACCAGCCGGCGAAAACCAUCUAUUCGGAAACUUCAAGGCUAUCUACUUGCUCAAGAAGAAACACCGUCAUCUGAAGCUACUUCUCAGCAUCGGAGGCUGGACCUACUCGCCCAGCAUCCACCCGGUCGUUUUAGACCCUGCCAAACGCGCAGAAUUCGUCAAGAGCUCUGUCGCGCUGUUGGAUGACUACGGCUUGGACGGUCUGGAUGUCGAUUACGAGUACCCUCAGAAUGCUGAGCAGGCGAGGGGUUAUGUGGAUCUGCUGAGGGAGCUACGGGAAGCGCUGGACCAGAGGGAGAGGGAGAACGGCGAAGGAUGCAAGUUUUUGUUGACUAUCGCAGCUCCUUGCGGCCCAGACAACUACAAGAAGCUCCUCGUCGCCGAAAUGGACCAAUACCUCGAUUUCUGGAACCUGAUGGCCUACGAUUACUCUGGCUCGUGGGACCGGACUGCGAACCACCAAGCCAACCUGCUGGGACCUCCCAUCAACACCCACGAGGCACUCGAGUUCUACGUCUCGGGCGGCGUCGCUUCACACAAACUCGUCAUGGGCAUCCCCCUCUACGGUCGUUCCUUCACCCAGACUGAUGGGCCAGGCCACGCGUUCGUGGGCAUCGGCGAAGGAACUUGGGAACGCGGCGUUUACGACUACCGUACCCUCCCUCUCCCGCUCGAUACCACCUUCACCUACAACGACGAGGACCUCGGUGCGAGCUGGACAUACGACAAAACCACCCGCGAGAUGAUCAGUUUCGAUACACCCGAAAUCGCGAGGUUGAAGGGCCAAUUCAUCAGAGACAACGGGCUCGGAGGCAGCAUGUUCUGGGAGCUGAGUGGGGACAAGAUGCCGGGCGAGACGGAGGAGGAGAGGAGGAACAGGGACGAGCGGGAUGGGAAGAUGAGGGAAGGCGGGAAUAUGGGGGUGGGCAAGCAGGUUAUUCCUGGGGAGAGUUUGGUUAGGGUGGUUAAAGAGGCUAUGACUGGUCAUGGAAGCCGCAGUCUGGAAGGGAUGGAUACGACCCCGAACUGGCUUCACUAUCCCAGGAGCCAAUUCGACAACUUGAGGCAGGGGAUGCCCGAUGCCUGA